CAGCCACUACCCCACACUGGCUCUCAGGCAAUACGUAGAGCAGAAACAAACCAAGGACUCCGAAGGGACGAGGAGAACAUCUUGGGGACUCUACACAUUUCACACAAACAUCACUUUGGAAAGGCCGCCUUUCUUUCUGGACCUGCUCUGUAAAACCAGCAUAACAACAGGCCUCAAUUUAGUGGCCAGAUGCUUCUAACGUAUUUGCUGCUGGGGAAAAUGGUGGUGCUGGACUGAAUUAGAAUCAUCCACCUGCAGAAGAGAUGGCGGAAGAGAAGGAAGAAGGGUUCGCGGCCCCUCGUCCCCAGUUCCAGGCAGUGCUAGAGGAGAUGAAGCCCAGAAUCAAGAAGGAGAGAAAAGACCCAGCAACACCCAACCCCGGACUGGGAUCCAGUGAGCCAAGAAGAGAUACCAGAACAGCUGAGCAGGCAGGGUCCAUUGGGCCUGAGGAGCAGCAGCUGCUCUGGGAGGCCCAGUUGCGAGCCUUCCUCAAGGCAAUGGAGUCCUCUUCCUGUGUGGUGGGAAACUCACAGCUUCCAGGAAUGGGUCUGUGCAGAGGUCUUAAGACUUCCCUGCUGCCUGACGAGGCCGUUGCAGCCGCUUGUCAGCUACCUAAAGAAGAGUAUGCAAUGGAUCUCCAGGGAGCAGCCCAGGAAACGUGCAUCACAUCAGAUCCCAGUGGGAAGGUGAAGGAAGAGAGGGAGGAAGCGCUCGACACAGAGGUCCACCGCCAGUGCUUCAGGCGGUUCUGCUACGGAGGGUCAGGAGGGCCCCGAGAGGCUUGGCGUCAGCUCUGGGAGCUCUGCCACCAGUGGCUGCAGCCGGAGAGGCACAGCAAGGAGCAGAUCCUCGAGUUGGUGGUCCUGGAGCAGUUCCUGGCCGUCCUGCCAGCGGAGGUGGCGAGCUGGGUGCGAGAGUACAGGGCCGAGACCAGUUCCCAGGCAGUGGCCCUGGCGGAGGGCUUCCUCCUGAGCCAGGCUGAGGACAAGGAGCAGGAGGAGCAGCAGGCAAUGAGUCCGCUGGCAGAAGUGGCCCCUGAUUCUCGCAGGGCAGAGAAGCCUCGCUCGGACCGCAGGCAGAGUCCCCUGCUGAGGGGUGUCAAGCAGGAGGGCGGCAGACGUGUCUCCGUGGAGGGUACAGGAAGGAUGCCAGCAAUAAGUCCUCAGACAUCUCUUCUUCCAGAAGGAGCGGAACCUGAGCGGGGCCCACGGAUCUCUCAGGCGCUUGCGGUGUGUUUCACUGAAAGAUCGGCCCUGCCGGCUCUUGACCAGGGCGCCCCACGCAGGCAAAUGAUGGAAGAGGACUGUGGGAUCGUGUCCUAUCCUGAUGGAAACAGGUGUGAAGCAGACAAUGAGAGAGAACCAUGUGAGAUGUCACCGAAGAGAGGCAGAUGUCAAAAGAGUGAACAGCAAAGAAGGAAAAUUGAAGCCAGUCAGAAGGGGAAUGCACCCUUUGCUUCUCAAGGCAGUGAAUGCCAUGAUAUUGAAAUUCAGCAAAAAGUAGAUAAAAGAAAGAAAAACAAUAGGUGUCAGGUAGAUGAUAUUACUAUGAAAACUCUAAUCUCUCGUGAAAAAAUGCACACUGGAGAGAAAUGCUAUAAGUGCCUGGAAUGUAGGAAGAGCUUCAGUCAGCGUAUCGACCUCACUAAACAUCAAAGAAUACACACAGGAGAGAAACCAUACACUUGCUUGGAAUGUGGAAAGAGCUUCAGUCAGAAGGCAAAUCUCACUUCUCACCAAAGAUUCCAUACAGGGGAGAAGCCAUAUAAUUGCCUGGAGUGUGGAAGGAGUUUCAGUCACAAGAUAAAUCUCACUUCUCAUCAAGUCAUUCACACAGGGGAGAAACCAUAUAAAUGCCUGGAAUGUGGCAAGAGCUUCAGUCGGAAGAUGAAUCUUGCAUCUCAUCAAAGAGUUCACACAGGGGAGAAGCCACACACAUGCUUGGAGUGUGGAAAGAGCUUUGGGCAAAAGAAAGAUCUUACUUCUCAUGAAAGAAUUCACACAGGAGAAAAGCCAUAUAAAUGUUUGGAAUGUGGAAAGAGCUUCCACUUCAGGCAGAGUUUUAUGUACCAUCAAAGAAUUCAUACAGGUGAGAAACCAUUUAAAUGCUUGGAAUGUGGAAAAGGUUUCUAUCACACAACUAAUCUCACUUAUCAUCAAAGGAUUCACACAGGGGAAAGGCCAUUCAAAUGUUUGGAAUGUGGAAAGAGCUUCAGUCAGAAUGGGGACCUCAGUAAGCAUACAAAAAUUCACACAGGGGAAAGACCAUACAAAUGUUUAGAGUGUGGAAAGAGCUUCAUUCAGAGAUCAGAGCUGACUAGACAUCAAAGAAUUCACACAGGGGAAAAACCCUUUAAAUGCUUGGACUGUGGAAAGAGCUUCAGUCAGAAGACAAACCUCACUUCUCAUCAAAGAAUUCAUAAAGGGGGCAAAUGGAAAAGGGACCAGCCAGGCUGGGCCACGAACCAGCUUGACUCUAAGAUUGCCCCAGCAGUGACAAGAGGGGAGGAGGAAGCUCUUGCUCACGUGACGCGUGACAGGCAGAGAAAGGUGAAGGGGGUCCUGCAAGGAAUUCGGGAGCCCUACGUCGUGGACCUGCUCCGCCAGAAACAGGGCAGACGGGACACCUUGACGUUGCUCCACCACCGAGAGUCCUCUCACCGCAAAGCAAGAGCCCACACGGGAGAGAAAACAUUUGAAUGCUCAGACUGCGGAAAGAGCUGCGGCACAAAAAGCCACCUGGCAGCUCAUCUGCGCAUGCACACGGGAGAGAAACCGUUCACCUGUGCCAUCUGUGGGAAGAGCUUCUCUCAGAAAGGUAACCUUGUUAUUCAUGAACGACUCCAUGCAGAAGAGAAACCGUACAAAUGCUCAGAAUGCGGGAAGUCCUUCUGCAAAAAUGCUGACCUUCUCAGACAUCACCGAAACCAUACAGGGGAGAAACCAUAUAAAUGUUCGGACUGUGGGAGGUCUUUCAGCAUGAACUCGGACUUCAUUAGACACUACAGAACCCACACGGGAGACACUCGGUACAAGUGCUCUGAGUGUGGCAAAAAUUUCACUGGAGUCCAGGACAUUUCCUCUUGCUCUGACUGUUUACAAAUUCCUGUACAGAACAAUGCCUUGCAUUUACAGAGUCUCAAGAACAGCACCUCAUUCACGCAGUUUUUGCCCAUAUACAGAAGAGAAAUAAGAUUCUUUGGCUUUUUGGAGCACGGAUCAGAGAUGGCUGGGGAGGACUCAGCUGGCCCUGAAGCAGGAAGAGACCCAGUCAAUGCUGGGAACUGCGAAGAAUUCCCGGAAAAAACAGGGAAGAUGAUCCCGGGAAAGGACACGGUCAACUCGCAUGUGCAGCACCAGCGUUUCAGAGAGUUCGCUUACCGGGCAACGGAGGGGCCUCGACAGGUGUGCAGCCAGCUCCACCACCUUUCCGGUCAGUGGCUGAAGCCGGAGCGACACACCAAGAACCAAAUGCUGGACCUGGUGAUCCUGGAGCAGUUCCUGGCCAUCCUGCCGGUGGAGAUGGCCAGCUGGGUGAGGGAAUGCGGAGCGGAGACGUGCUGCCAGGCGGUGGCCCUGGCGGAGGGCUUCCUCCUGAGCCAGGCCGAGGACAGGAGGCAGGAGCAGCAGCAGCAGGUAAAGAGACUGUUUGCAGAAGGAGGACCUGAUUUCCCGGCAGCCAAAGCGACCCCAGCAGACACCAGGCAGAGCCCCCCGCAAAGGGAGAUCAAGCGGGAGGAAGAUGAUCGUGCCUCUUUGAGUGGGGCUGGAUGGGUGCUGGCAACUGGAAUGCAGCCCUCGCUUUUUCUUUGUGAUGCAGAGGAUUCAAACCAGGGUCUGGUGAGCUUUGAAGACAUUGCCUUGUGCUUCACGGAGGAGGAGUGGGCCCUGCUGGAUCCUGACCAGAGAGCUCUGCACAGGCAGAUCAUGGCAGAAAACCGUGGGAUCGUGGCCUCUCUCGAAAGUGACAUGUGUGAACUAGAGUGUAAGAGAGAACCGUGUGAGACAUCACCAAAAAAGGACAGAUGUGAAAAUAAUGCAAAGCAAAGAAAGAAAAUAGAAGUAAAUUGCAAUAUAAGAAAUAACUCCUCUGCUUCUCAGAGUAAUGGGAACCAUAAUACCAAAAUUCAAGAAGAAAUACAGAAAAGACAGGAAAAUAAUAUAUACUAUAUGCAUCUGAAAACUUUGAACACUGAAUUAAAAAAUAAAACUCAUUCUAUAAUUGAUACAUUCAAAAAAACUCAAACAUACUUGGAUUGUGAAAAAAGCUUCAGUUUGAAGAAACAUUUAACUUGUCAUCAAAGAACUCAUAUAGAGGAGAAACCAUAUAAAUGCUCUGAAUGUGGAAAGAGCUUCACUCGGCGGACACAUCUCACUUCUCAUCAGAGAACUCACACAGGGGAGAAACCAUAUGAAUGUCUGGAAUGUGGAAAGAGCUUUAGUGAGAAUCAAACUCUCAUUUCCCAUCAAAGAAUUCACACUGGGGAGAAACCCUAUCAUUGUUUGGAGUGUGGAAAGAGCUUCAGUCGGAGGGGAACUCUUAUUUCUCACCAAAGAGUUCACACAGGGGAGAAACCCUAUCAUUGUUUGGAGUGUGGGAAGAGCUUCAGUGGUAAAAGAUAUCUCAGAUUCCAUCAAAGAAUUCACACAGGGGAGAAACCAUAUAAAUGUUUGGAAUGUGGGAAGAGGUUCACUAAGAAAAUAAAUCUCACUCAACAUGAAAGAACUCAUACGGGUGAGAAACCAUAUAAAUGUUUAGAAUGUGGAAAGAGCUUCAGUCAGAAGGGAACGCUUAGUUAUCAUCAAAGAAUUCACACAGGUGAGAAGCCAUAUAAAUGCUUGGAGUGUGGAAAAAGCUUCAGUGGAAAUCACACACUCACUUCGCAUCAGAGGACUCACACAGGGGAGAAACCCUAUAAAUGCUUGGAGUGUGGAAAGAGCUUCAGUCAGAAAGGAACUCUCAUUUCUCAUCAACGAAUCCACAUAGGAGAGAAACCUUAUCAUUGUUCACAAUGUGGGAAAAGCUUCAGUGGGAAGAGAUAUUUAGGUUCCUAUCAAAGAACUCACAAAGGGCAGAAACUGUAUCAUUGCUUCGAAUGUGUAAAAAGCUUGAGUCUGAAGAGAAAACUUGCUUCUCACCAAAGGACUCACAGAGGGGAGAAACCCUAUCAUUGUUCAGACUGUGGGAAGAGCUUCAGUCACAAGAAUCAUCUGACUUGCCAUCAAAGAAUUCACACGGGAGAGAAACCCUAUCAUUGUUCAGAGUGUGGGAAGAAGUUUACGCAGAAGUCACACCUCAACGCUCACCAAAGAAUUCACACGGGGGAGAAACCAUAUACAUGUUUGGAGUGUGGAAAGAAAUUUACGCAAAAGUCCCAUCUCAAUGGACAUAACAGAAUUCACACCGGAGAGAAGCCACAUAAAUGUUUGGACGGGAAGGCUAGCCAUGGGGCCUUUCCUUCUGUAGGUCAGGAGCAGCAGGGGCGAGAAGAAGGGGCAUCCCAUGCCAGGUGCGCACUGCAGGCCCCUGGACGCUCUUCCUGGAAAGAGUCGGGACCCCUGAAACAGUCUUGUCCUAGACUGGCUGAAAAGGUACGGGGGGCCGUUGUGCCAAAAUUGGAAGCGAUCGAACAGCCUUUAACUCGGCCGUUUGUCUUUGAAAUGUCAGACUGGAGUGACGCCAGCAUCGAGUCAGCCAGCGAGAGCGACCAUGAGGACAGUCUGGACUUGCCAGGCCGGAGGACGCGGGGCGUGUGGAUGGAGCAACAGGCAGCGGACGGGAAAAGGAUGGCGCCUCCCAGUGCCGCUGCAGACACUGCCUCCCUUCCUCCUGCUGCAGCAGCCGGCUUGUCUCAGCCAUGCAAGAACAAGGGGGAGGGGACCGCAUCUCCUGUAGCAGCGAUGCAUUUUGUAGCGGAGGACCAGGAGCAGUGGAGAAGCACGCAGUUUUGUGAGCUGAUUAAGAUCAACCAAGCUGCGAUCGAAGGGUACCGGGAUUCUGGGGCAGACGUCACCACCGUCGCCUCGCAGAACGUGCAGCCUACUCAGGUCUUGGCAGGAGAGACGUUGACGGUGAAGCCCAGCGAUUCCUCUAGUCAGGAGGCCUCUCUAACCUGGAUGUGGAUCAAGUAUCAAGGGUGGGAGGAAAAAGUUGAUCAGGACUCCUGGGGAGUGAUUAUGGGAAAUGGCCUGGGCUAUAGGGUGGCGCUGGAGCAGGCGAGCGGGUGCGGUUCAGGCCCUACAAGUGCAGAGACCUCAAGUGAUGGUAGGGAGUCCGGUAGCUCCAGGUCUGCCUCCACCCACUCCGAGUGCUCUUCCGGGACUUGGGAAGGAGAAGGAGGCUUGCCCUGCCAUCAUGCCGACCGGAGCGUUAAGCACUGAGAAUGUAUUGGCAGAAUGAUCCAGGGAGGAGCAGAACCAUAAUUGGGAGACUAGUGGAGAAGCAGGGAGAGACCAAACCAGCUCGCCUAGUGGUCAAGCCCUUUGAGCCACUGACCCCACACAGUCCAGUUGUGGGAAGGAGGGGUGGGGAGCAGACAUUCCCAUCUCAUAAAAGCUUUCACUGUGGGACAACUUGUAAAACUUCUUGGGAUACGGAAAAAAUGAAAUCUGACCUUACUGCUCAUCAGAGAAUUCACACCAGGGGAAAACCUGGAAAGAACUUUAGUAACUGUUAUUUUUUGCUUAUAUCACACAGUGAAAUACAAUGACUUCUGGACCAUGACUGUUCCCCAAAUAUUGUGCAGGAUGGGUUUUCUCUGUUAAGGGCAUUCCAGAUUUCUACAGGGCUCAAUGUUUUGGCUUUGCAACAUCUUCUGGGAGUCUGUAGGCCUAUUCAGGGUCCCAGCUCUGAGGUCCCACAACUCCAAAGGCUGAGUCCCCACUUCACCUCCAUCACACCCAACGUGGGUAGAUGCAUGCUGGUUCUAUCUGGGCCUGAGAGGGGUCAAAGGGGUGUGCCAAGGGCAGGAAGGAGAUGCACAUAAGCUGCUGAAUUCAGAGGUUUAGGUGCAUCAAGGGAACACCAAUAAACUUGUCAAUUAUUUUUGUAAAGGGGUUAAGAAGGAAAAAAUACAUACUCCAACACUAAUUAAAUAUGUGCACUUUGCAGAAUCCAGUUAAUGUACCUUCAGGGGGUAAAGGAUUGGUCCUUUGGUGGAGUCAUGCACAAAAAGUUCCAGCAUGAUAAGUCCCAAUGUUUUAUGGCUUAUACAGUGACCUCUUGAGUUAAUACUGUGUCUCUUGAAUUCAGAGAUCCAUCUGAUGAAAGCUACCAUUAUUCCUAAUUUCAAGCCAUUAUGAUAAAAACUAGCAGGUUUGAAAGUGCUUAGUUAACACAAUUCCCCUUUGUUCCCGAAUUUUCAGGAAAGGCGGAUCAUUUCUUGGGUGAAAACUAUUGAUGCAUUUUGUUCUGGGGAGUUCUUAUUGGUUGGUGGGUUGCAGAUCAAUGAGGUUUUCCUGCCCCAUUCAAGCCUAUGGCAGCAGCUGCUCUCAGAAUUAGUUUGGCCGUGUUUGAUCAUCAUCUCAGGCUCCGGGGAUGCCAGAGCUGCACUGUUUUGCAUGGAUUCUGUGCUGCACCAAUGUACAUCUGUUCCUUUAGUUCCAAAAAGCCAGAUAACACUACGUGUUCCUGUGUGACAGCUAGGACAACGAAGCAGGCACGGGCCAGCCAACUCACUGGAGGAGCCCAGUAGCAAACCAGUGAAGUGUUGUGGCCCAGCUCCAGUUCUGCGGAGGGCCCUACAUUUAUAGCCAGAAUCUGCUCAGAGGGGCAAAGCAGCUGUCUGUGGGUGCAGGACCUCCUGCCUAAGCUCCUCAGCAUCCAGUGUGGGCAGUCAGGCUACCUCUGGGGAAGGAGGGAGCACAUGGCCAGAUAACCCUAGCGUCUUUGGACUUCAUCCUGUGAAAUACCUGCUGUACUUCUCGUUGACCAUGAAUUUGGGUGGUGCUUCAGCCUCAAGGAAUCCUGAGCCCUCCAGCCUUGGGGCUAAGCCUCACUCUCGCACUUUCGUGUGCCUGGAUCCAUGCUUUGGGGCGAUUCCAAAGUGGAGGCAUUGCUUCUGGUUAACUGGAUGUGUGAGGUUACUCUGGACUUACCCUUGUCUUUGGAGUCCUCGAUUUGAUAGGACUGGGUUCUCGGAACACGAAGGUUCCAGCACGAUUUGUAAGGUUGGCACUUAUGCAUGGGUUUGUUCAGGUUUUUCUCCAGGAUCCUUGCCUUCACCUGCCUGAGAUGGAUGACCCCAGGACUCAUUCAGCCCCCGCCCUAUGUCCUGAGCCACAGGGACAACAACGGGGAAACCAUAUUCUCUGGAUCUCUUAAAUCUAGCAUCUUUGGAAUGUUGUAGAAUCACUUGUUCAGACUAGCUGAAUGAUUUUGGAGAAAUAUUGGGAUUUUCCAUAAUAAAGAAUCUCACUGAGUUGCAUUGACACAA